AUGGAUGGGACGGACGUUGGGUGGGAUGCCAUGAACAACUGCACCGAUCAGCAGUACUGGGACACCCUCGUCUGCCAGUGCAUCCCCUGCAGCCUCGUAUGCGGCCGGCCCACAGUGAGGAGAUGUGCUGCCCUGUGCGCAUCCAGGGACUGCAACAGGAGAGCCGGCUUCUACUACGACGAGCUCCUGAAAAAAUGCAUCAACUGCACCACGAUCUGCGGGCAGCACCCCAGGCAAUGCGCCCCGACCUGCGAAACGAGUGCCCUGGCGGCCACCCCCCCUCCGCCAGCCGCCCUGGUCACGGCUUCGCCGCCCACGGCCGUGCUGGAGCAGAAGGUGUGCGUGGAGCAGGAGCCGUGGCUGGUGGUGUACCUGCUGCUGGGGCUCUGCCUCUGCGCCCUCAUCUGCUCCCUGCUCCUGGGCUGGACCCACCUGCGGAGGAAGGGAGAGGUGGUCUCCUGCCAAGCCAGCGCUGGGACCUGCCACCGCAGGGAGGACUCCGCCAAAGAUCGUCUGGUGGAAGCGGGCAGGGUUGGUGAUGGAUCCACUGGCAGCAGGGUCCCAGAGCCGGUAGAAACCUGUGGCUUCUGCUUCCCUGGACACGGCUCCGCUGUACAAGAGACCAAAUCGUGCCACAGCACCUCCUAUCACAUAGGGGAAAGAGCUGCUCCCUCUCACAUCGGGAUAUGCAGCAUGGGAAGCGCUGGGGCCAUUCCCAGCCCUGGCGAUGGCCACUUCAAAAUCAUAUGUUCUCCUUCACAAGAGAAGACGCCCAUGGCAUGACCGUAGUGAAUAUUCCUGCAUGGGAUCAGAAAGGAGGGAUGCUCCCUCUGCCCCCAAAACACAGCUGCUUCACCCUCCGUUUCCAGUGACUGUAACAGCUUCUACCAGGACCAGCAGACCUAGCACAGUCUUUGCCCAAGGGCUGUAGGCUACAGAGAGUGCUGUUUUCUUCCACUCGGGAAAUGAAAUUCUCAUUAUUCUUGUGCGCUCCCAGUGACAGAAGUCGCUUGCCUUUUAGCCGUGUCUUCAUCCUCUGACCUGACCUCUGCAGACUCCUCCGUGCAUCCCGUUCAUUGGGAGUGAUGUUUCAUUGGGGCUUUUCAUCCUGGUUCCACCAUCAGUGUCACUUUGUCUCUGCAAAGGGUGUUGAUGCAGAGCCAGGAUCAGACUGUGGUGUCCAUCAGUCCCCACGGAGAGCACACCUUUCCCUGCUUGAAAACUCUACCGUGUAACACAAGUGAUUUACAAGCAGAGCUGUAAGCAUCUCAAACAUGGACUCAGACCCAAGAAAUUACUCGUGGAAGUUAUAAUGACCACUGAAUGCCACUGCCAUGCUCUCAAGAGUGGCAUGUUUUCUGAUUUUAACAGAAUUUUCUUUGCAGGACAGAGUAUUUGGUAAGACACAAAGUGGAAAGCUCUGCUUGGGAGGGGAGAACAGGUCAUGGGUGAUGGCAAGGCUUUGCCUUGUGAUGGGACAUGACACUGCAUGGGAGGAGCUGGAACAGGCACCAUAAUCCCCAAUGGCAUUGGGUUUAAAUGUGAAAGCUCAUCCAAGGCUGAGAACUUUCUAAGAGACUGGAUUUAUGUACGUCUGGUCUGGGUUGCUCAAAAUAGCUGGUAAAAGUGAUGAACCAGCUAGAGACACAGCUGCUUUGAGGGAAGAUUUUUAGCUGACCUGGCUUUGAAAGCUACUAUGGAAAAAUAUGGGUUUCAACAUGUAAUUUGAAGUUCUCAUUUUCACUAAAGGAGAGUGUAGGAAUUUUUUGCUUGGUGAGAAAUCACACCUGGUAGGAGCUCAUCCCCUCCACUUUCUCAAACUAGAGCUUCAAAUUUGAAAGAAUAAAUAUGAGUCAAUGUAUGUACAAGUUAGCACUGGGAAAGUAGACAGCUGGAGAAAGCAUGAGUAGAUAGUUCUAACAGACUCUGUCCCCUUCAUAUUAUAUAUUUCUUUAAAUGUCAAUGUUUUCUUAUCACUAAAGAAGACACCGCUGGGGGGGUGACCAUGACAAAGCCAAUGCCAUGAGUGAUGUCUGGUCACAAAGCAGAAAGGCGUUAGGACCACAUGAAAUCCUUUAGGACAAGAGAGUGCAAGAGGUGGUUUAAGGUGAGGACUAAGAGCCCAUGCGUUGGUCCAACAGCUGGUACGUGGGGCAAAGUUUGGCUGUCUUGAAUUGCUCCAGGAACCAACCUGGCAAUUCUCUGUCUCGUUAUCCUUGCAUAUUGCCUUUCAUCUCUUCCCUCUGUUAUCAAAGUCCUUA